CAGAAUGUAGUUUCUAGUUUUUAAGCUCGAAUGAGGAAUGCAUGUACUUAUUCUCUUCAUUAUUAUUAUUAUAGAAACUGCUCUACUUAGAUGGUGUCUUCAUACAAAAUAACUUGUUAUCAUGGAAACUUGUGAAGGACUUUGUGUAUGUUGAAAGCGGAGAAACAGGACAGCUUACCCUUCGUUGAUGAAACGUAAAUUCAACGGAGUUACAGUCGCAGGAUCAUAACAAAUAUGCGUAGUCACAUUACUAGCGUGUCUGCGCGCCUUCCCUGUCGCGUGGACUAACUUGAUGUCGCCUUUGAUGGCGGCCGACGUCAAGCACUGGUGCGCCCCCCCGAACUCCAGCAUACCUCGAACCUGGUGGAGGAAGCAUGGCUUGCCCCGUGUCAACAAGUGGUCAUUGGAACCCGACGGAUGUUCGAUGUACGCCUGGGAAAGCCAGCCAAACGAAGAGUUCGGAAUACGUUUUGAUCGAGAACAGUUGUUGAGUUGUACUAAUGGUUUCGAAUAUGACCGCGAAGGAUUCGGACUAACAGCUACUGAAGAGUGGCAACUCAUUUGUGGGGACGCGUGGAAAACAUCCGCGAUGCAAAGUAUCAUUAUGGCGGGCUCGUUCGUAGGGGUUAUUAUCUUUGGCAGGCUGUCCGACAAAUUGGGCCGCAAACACACGUUCUUCGUAGGCCUUGCUCUCCUGUUAAGUACUGGUAUAGCUGCAGCCUUUGUCCAUAGCUUUAUAACGUUCAACAUUUUGCGUUUCAUUUUGGCCGGAGCCACUUCCGGUAUGACUGCGGCGCUCGUUACAGCUUUCAUGGAAAUCCUACCCGAAUCAGAUCGCAUCUAUAUGAAUAUUGGCUUUGGAAUAGGUUAUACCGUGCCUGUUAUAUUUAUACCCUUGCUGUCCUAUUAUCUGUUGAAUUUCCGUUAUAUGCAACUCGCCAUCGGCCUGUCGGGCCUCUUGAUUCUUCCGUUCUUCUGGGUUAUCCAUGAAUCACCCAAAUGGCUCGUGGCCAAACACCGUUUCACUGAAGCGGAGCAGGUCAUCGUAAAAAUACUUAAGAUGAAUCGGCGACCAGUACCCGACAUGACAGAGGUCAUGCCGAAGCUCGCAAUUCAUGCCGAAAGUGAAAGUACGGUCAAGAGUCGAAACCUGGGGUUUAUCGAUAUUAUGAAAAUUCCCAUACUACGCUAUACCGCACUCACUACAGGAUUGAACUGGUUUUGCUGGUCCUCGAUUAGUUACUAUUGUGCACUAAAUGCGCAUCGGCUACCAGGGAACCCUCACCUGAACUUCGCCAUAUCAACCUUCGCCGAGUUCCCAUCGGCAUUUAUUGCUAUGUACCUCAUCCGCAAUUGUCGUCGUCGACAAACCCAGAUGUUCAAUAUCAUCGUGGCGGCCUGCAUUUUCGCGGCCGUAUUCUUUCUCGAUGACAGCUACAAGCUGACGAAAGUCUGGGGAAACAUGAUUGCAAGAGUGUUUGUGAAUAACUACGGCUUCAUCGUCUGGGUUUCAGUGCACGAGGUUUAUCCGACCCCGGUACGAACGGCUGGGUAUGCAUCAGCCAUGAUGCUGUCCCGUGGCGGAGCUGCAUUCGCCCCUUUCAUCAAAAAUAUCGGAGACUGGACCCACACUUCUGUACCAUGUUUUAUCAUUCUGGGUCUAUGCGCAUCAAUCAUCGGUUGUGUUGCCUUGCUGCCGGAAACGCUGAAUAAAAAAUUGCCCGACACGAUUGAUGAUGUCAAAGCUUUGUACGGGAGGGACGGUUACAUCGUUGCCAAGUACGCGAAAGCUGUGCCCACACACAUUCACUCGGACUGUAUAUAACGCAAUUGAGGAGGUAAUAUGUAAUAAAAAAACAAUGUAGUAAAUAGAGUUUGUCUU